GAUCUGAGCUAGUGCCUACCUUUCCAACCAAAUAAUGACUUCUGAACUAAUCCCAGGAUUUUUGUUUUUGUUUUGUUUUUAAUUUUUUUUUUUCUCUGACUCUCUGGACUGAGAGCAGAAAUGCUGCCUUAGUGAGAGAGGUUCAGGAAGCAACAGGUUUCAUCUUUCCUUAGCCUGCCUAGCCUUUGGUGAGUUUGGGAGUGUUGACAGAGUUCUUAGCCUUCUUGGCAGAGAAGGAAGGUCAGAAGGAGAGAAGUCCAUGGGCAGAGGGCCAGGUCUCUCCUUACCUCGUUAGGGAUAGCGUUGUCUGUCUGGUUGGCAGGACACACCUAAUCACAGAGACUCAGCAUUUCAGCAGUUUGCAAAGGGAAGUGAUAUGAAGGGACAGCUGCAAGUCAGCCACAACCUAGAUAGGAGGAGGUGAAGCAUUUACUUCACUUGGAAGAAAGAGAGAAGGAAGGAAGCCGAGGGCUUAGCAGGUCCCAGGUAUCAGUGGACAGCCAUGGCUCCAAGAUCCCGGCAACGAAGGCACAAGAAACCCCCUUCAUCGGUGACUCCCAUGGUUAUGACCCCACCCACAUUUGUGACCUCUGUGCCUCUGACCCUCUCAAAACCUGACCCUAGCAUUGAUGCACUUGGCUUCUUCUCCUUGGAGAAUAAUGUUCCUGGCCUAUCCCAGCUAAUCCUUCAAAAGCUAAACAUGAAAAGCUAUGAAGAAUACAAGUUGGUGCUAGAUGGGGGUGCUUCUGUAUCAGGCUUUGGAUUUCGAUGUCUUCGAGAAAUGUUCCAGAAGAUGGAGGACACAUUCCAAUUCUGUGCUCACUGUAGAGCUCUUCCUAGUGGCCUUUCAGACUCCAAGGUCCUGCGGCAGUGCAAGAGGUGCAGAAAUGUCUAUUACUGUGGUCCAGAGUGCCAGAAGUCAGACUGGCCGGAGCACAGGAAGGUUUGUCAAGAGCUGCGUCUGGUAGCUGUGGACCGUCUCAUGGAAUGGCUUCUAGUCACAGGUGCUUUUGUCCUACCUUCAGGACCUUGGCCAUGUGUGGCUGAAGUUGUACAGGGUUGGGAUACCUGGUUUUCUAUGCGGCAUUUACAGCUAGAAGCUGCACUGGAUGCUGUACUAGGUAGUCAUGCCAUGAACACCCUGUGGGCCAACGUAGGACGGCCAAGGCCAGACCCAGAUGUCCUGCAGGGCUCUUUGAAGCGGCUGCUGACAGAUGCCCUAUCACGGCCUUUGACACUGGGCCUUGGGCUUCGGGCCUUGGGGAUAGAUAUUGGGAAGACUGGGGGAAGCACAGUGCAUGUGGUUGGUGCUUCCCAUGUGGAGACAUUCCUCACUCGCCCUGGGGACUAUGAUGAGCUUGGCUACAUGUUUCCUGGACACCUAGGCCUCCGUGUCAUCAUGGUGGGUAUAGACGUAUCUGCUAACUUUACACAGAGCACCUCAACUUCCCCCCUGGAACCUGGCACAGUUCAACUUAGUGGCCAUAGGGGCCUCUAUCAUGACUUCUGGGAGGAACAGGUAGAGACUGGACAGAUAGCCCAUCCAGAUUUGGUGGUGGCAUUCCAUCCAGGUUUUCAUGCUUCCCCAGAUUUGAUGGAGGCUUGGCUGCCCACCCUCCUGCUACUUCGUGAUUAUGAGAUCCCUACAUUGAUCACUGUUUACAGCCAUCAGGAGUUGGCGGCUUCUUUGCAGAUUCUGGUGGACCUGGAUACACACAUCACUGCCUAUGGAGCUAACCCUUUCGCAUCCCUCAAACCUGAACAGGUCUAUUCCAACCCCAACAAGCAACCAGUAUACUGCAGUGCCUACUAUAUCAUGUUUCUUGGAAGUUCCUGCCAGCUGGAUAGGACGCAACUGGAAGAGAAAGUAGAUGGUGGGGUUUAAAUAGCUGAGGCAGAUCCUGACCGGACUUUUAGAAAAUUGGGAGGUUGUGAUGAAAGUACCCUGCUGAUGUCAGGUUGUUGCCAAGCUUGAAAUCCACUAUAUUUUAAACCUUGGCAACUUGUCUAGGUAAAGAGUCUAAGCUGAAUGAGAGUUCCUAUAUGAUUUGACUCUUUUCUGAGAUUAGCCACAAGUAGCUUCCAGAGACAGGAUUCUAGAUUUAAUGUGUGGCAAGAAGCCCUAGAAUCACUCUCCAGAGCCUAGAAUUCCUGACAUUUUCCUUUGUGAGAAAGUUGUACCUUUUGACUUGAAUCAGAUGCUGCCAAGGAAAAGAAUGGCACCUUCUUUUUUCUGGAAAAAGACUUUCUUAUCUGGCAAUCUGGGCUGAAAAAUGGAGAGGUGUUAAUGACUUGAAGUGGUACAAGAAUAGGCAAUAGAGAAGUGGCCAGGAACAUGAGAGAGAUUGUGAGGAUUGGCAUAUUGUUCUAUUUCCUGGCUUUUUCUAAGUAAAUAUCUUAUUUUUUUCUUGCUUGGGGCCUUCUAGCCCUAGAUCAGCUUUUUGCCUUGUGUUGUAUUUAAAUAUUCCAGGGUAGGAGUACCUGGGUGUGCAGUCAUUGUUGAGUUUCUCACUCUUGAGCAUAAACUCUGCUCUGGUCACAAUCUCAGGGUCAUGGGAUUGAUCCCUGCAUUGGACUCCAUGCUCAGGGUGAAUCUGCUUGAUAUUCUCU